AUGGCUCCCUCUGAAUCCACUCCACUUCUUCUGGUCAAUGUCGCCCCCCGGCGACAUCGCUAUCCCCAUCACACCCUCCGACGCAUCUGCAGCUUCUCGCUAGGAUUCCUGCUGCUUCUGUCUCUGCUCCUAUUCCUGAUUCCAUCCGCCAUUCUACCGCGAGAACAUGGCUCAAUCUGGUCCUAUCUUCCCUGGGCACAUCCUUUCCCCCAUCCCUCUUGGCCGCACGGCGAUGGCCUCGGCUACGAAGAGCUGCAGGCUAUUCUCCAGGAGACACCAUCCGGCCAAAAGGCUCGCGAAUGGAGCAACUAUUACACCGCCGGUCCUCAUCUGGCGGGCAAAAACCUGAGCCAGGCGCUCUGGACCCGGGAACGCUGGCAGGAGUUCGGCGUCGCGGACACCAACAUCGUGGCUUAUGACGUUUACAUCAACUAUCCCCUCGGCCAUCGCCUAGCACUGUUGAAGAAAACAGGCGAUAAAACCGAAGUCACUUAUGAGGCGUCCCUGGAAGAAGAUGUCCUUGAGAACGACCACACCACGGGUCUGCCCAGUCGUGUGCCCACCUUCCACGGGUACUCUGCCAACGGCAAUAUUACCGCUCCCUUUGUCUAUGUGAACUUCGGCACUAUCCACGAUUACCAGGACCUUGUUGAUGCCAAUGUCAGUCUUGCAGGGAAAAUUGCUAUCGCCAAGUACGGUCGCAUCUUUCGCGGUCUGAAGAUAAAGCGAGCGGAGGAGCUCGGUAUGGUGGGCGUGGUACUGUACGACGAUCCACAAGAGGAUGGCGAUAUCACAGAGGAAGAUGGCUACAAGGCAUACCCGGAUGGUCCGGCCCGUAACCCGAGCGCUGUGCAACGAGGAAGUGUUCAGUUUUUGAGCACAGCCCCUGGCGAUCCUACAACGCCUGGAUACCCCUCGAAGCCGGGAUUGUCGUACCAGGACGCUCUUCCCUUCCUGAAUGCCCUGAACGGCUAUGGCCCUAAGGCGUCGGACUUCAACGAGCGGUGGCAGGGUGGUAAACUUGGCCACAAAGGAGUCGAGUAUAACGUCGGUCCUUCGCCCGAUGAGGUUGUCAUAAACCUGUACAAUGAGCAGGAGUAUACCACCACGCCGUUGUGGAAUGUCAUCGGCAUGAUUAAGGGUUCGAUCCCAGAUGAGAUCGUGAUCGUGGGCAACCACCGAGAUGCCUGGGUUGCUGGUGGAGCAGCGGACCCCAACAGCGGGUCCGCGGUCCUAAACGAAGUUAUUCGCAGCUUUGGGGAAGCCCUCAAGGCCGGAUGGAAGCCAUUACGUACCAUUGUGUUCGCCAGUUGGGAUGGAGAGGAAUAUGGCCUAUUGGGCUCGACCGAGUGGGUGGAGGACCAGCUACCUUGGCUCUCCCACUCGAACGUUGCCUAUCUCAACCUCGACGUGGCCGUUUCUGGUGCUCGUUUUAAAGCUUCAGCGAGUCCACUCCUGAACAGCGUGAUCUACGAAGCCACGGGGUUUGUAAAAUCGCCCAAUCAAACCAUUGCCGGUCAGACCGUCCGCGACGUCUGGACUGGAGAAAUCGGGACUAUGGGAAGCGGUAGUGAUUUCACUGCGUUCCAAGACUUUGCCGGGGUUGCCAGUCUUGACCUGGGCUUCACGCGCAGUCCAGAUAACGCGGUGUAUCACUACCACUCCAACUAUGACAGCUUCGAUUGGAUGGACCGACUCGGUGAUCCGAAUUGGCUCUACCAUGAAGCAUCCUCCAGGGUGCUGGGCUUGGCUAUAGCCCAGCUGGUCGAGACCCCCGUGCUGUCCUUGAAUGCCACGGACUAUAGUUCUGGGCUGCACAGGUAUCUGGCCAAGAUCAAGCCGGAAGCCAAGCAGUUGCCCGAAGGGGCCUCCUUCGAUUUUGCGCCGUUGGACAAGGCGAUCACCAAGUUCCAGGAAGUUGCCGCGCAGUUUGAUUCGUACGCGGCGGAUCUGGCCUUGCAGUUGGAUGAGGAUCUUCCAUGGUACCUGUGGUGGAAAAAGGUGAGGCUCUACUUUCAGAUUCGGGUGGUCAACGACAAGUACAAGGGCCUUGAGCGACAGUUCUUAUACGCUCCUGGUCUAGACGGGCGCAGCUGGUUCAAGCAUGUCGUGUUCGCACCCGGUAUCUGGACAGGAUAUUCAGGGGCAACAUACCCCGGUUUGGUGGAAAGUUUUGAGGCCGGCGAUGUGUCCAAUGCACAGAAAUGGCGCGAGAUUAUUGUUGAACGAUUGGAGGCUGCAACCAAACUGCUACAGUGA